CAAAAUGACAAUAUUGAUAUUGUAUACAGUUUUGGCAAAUAUUUAUAAAUAUUUUCAAUAAAAGAGUAUUUUAAUUCCAUCUAAUCUAAUGGAUUUUUUUUGUACAAAAUAUAUUACGUGACAAAGAAAACAGGUGUCAUUUUGUUUGUUGACAACUCUGCAGAAAGCCGGCCACGCAAAUCAAGGGCAAAUGUCUAUAAUAAACAUAAUGAAGGAAGAAAAGAAGAAGACGGGAGGUCCGGCCGACGCGCUCUUCCAAAAAUGGUUUGACAGUCCUCAAAAUUGAUAAAUUCCAGUUUUACUUGAUACGUGUGAGUUUCUCCGUCAUUCCCUGCAUCCAGUUCAAUAAUAAUGAGCAAGUAGUUCGACGCAAAUUGAGAUAUUCAGUUACUUUUCUCUGCGACGUGUCGUGAGCCUCCCGUCUUCCACACUGGCGUCCAGUACACAGUUUUCCGGCUUAUUCAAUAAGAAAAAAAGAAUUUGUGAUCAGUGAAAAAAUGGCAAUUCUUCCUCCCGAUCCGGCUUAUUUGCUGCGUAGUGAUAUGGGUCCCGUCCAUAGCCUUUUAUUCCGAGUUUCACCAUAUAUUGAACACAUUUAUGCUGGAACCGAAAGUGGUAAAAUUCACAUCUGGGAUCUAAAGAGGAAUCGUGAAACCUCUAGGCUGACUGCAAGUGACGACCAAUGCCUCUCUUUAAAUUUUUUCGGAGACGAACGUCUAGUAGCACAAAGAAAGGGGGGUGCUCUGAACAUUUGGAAUGCGAAUGGAUCAAACUGGAUUUUAGACAAAACAUUUGAGACCCAAGCCACUAGUUUUUGCAAGAGCAAAGUUUUAUCGGAGGACAUCUUGCUCGUUCCUCUGAAGAAUUCUUCAAUCGGCUUAUUUUCACAAACAACCACCGAAGUAGAGCAGGAAUUAAAUCCAGAAAAAUUGCCUGAAUGUGAAACAAAGCAGGUCGGAGGACUAAUGGCUGUGAAGCCUCUUACUCAAGAUAAAACAUUGAUACUGGCAGCUUACGAGAGUGGUGACAUAGCUUUAUGGGAUUUGAAAAUGAAAAAUAUUCUCUCUUGGUUGAAAGUCGCACCAUGUCCUUUUACGAUUGACUAUGAUGAGACUCUCAAGCUUGGAGUUCUGGGUAGUUCAACUGAUAAAUUAGAGGUCAUUGACAUAAAGAAUAAUCUGACUCUGAAUCUCAAAACUGUAUUGACAAUCAAGAACGAAGGGACAGGUGUUCUGGCCUCAAGGCCGGACUCAAGAGUGUUUACAUCCGGAGGUUGGGAUGGUCGACUACGCAUCUUCUCCUGGAGAUCACUGAGACCCCUCGCAGUUCUGGAUCAACACCGUGGAAGUAUUUACGAUAUUGCAUAUUCGGGGUGUAAAGUCGAGGCUUACAGCAGCAAGGGUCUAAUGGCUGCAGCUGGUAAAGAUGGAGUUGUAUCUCUUUGGGACCUGUACAAUUAACCAUACUUCGCAAAUCUAUUUUCUAUGAAACUGGUUAAAAAGUACAAAGAGCCAAAGAUUAGUAUCCCCUUUACAAAAGCGUGAGUCUCUUGCCUUACGUAGACUAGAAAUAAUCUUCUACAUAAACAAGAGUCGAGAGCAAACGCAAUGACUGAAUUGGUGAUAAUUGGUCGAAGGUUAGAUUGAUAUAAAGUUCCUGCGUCGACCGAUUUUAUGCCUCGUGUAUGAUAUGGAAGUCUGUCAAUUGUUUCAUAAAAAUCUAUUUUUAUUAACUUAAAGAGAAUUAAUUGCUAAUUUUUAACAUUGGCUUGUCAGUGAAGUGACUCAGGAGAUAAGUUAUAGCGUGAACAAAUUAAGGCUGUGCAGGUUUCCAAGUAUUUGUAAAACGAAACAUUGGAUAAUUAUUCAUUUAAGAGGAAACACGAAUUUCAGACGCAGACUUGUUUGUCUUAGGAAGAAGUUUUAUCUUAAAAUGUAAUGUUUCAGUUUAAUAAUGCAAAAUACUUUAACCUUUUGUUGGAUACUUCUCUUUAACAUCUGAGAUCAUUUUAGUAUUACAUUCCAAUGAAAAUAAGCGAACGGUGAAAAUUUCUAUAAUUAUUGCAUAGAGCGAAGAAAUGUUUAAUCUCUGAAAUACUUUUGUCACGGGUUUAUAAAAACAUGUCUGUAUAAUAGAAGAUUACCCAAAUAAAAUUGUUUCACUA